GCUCCCCCGCCUCCGGGGCUGCCAGCGGGGUUUUCGCUGCUGCCGGCCCGCUUCCCGCUACUGACACCCUUCCCGUCAGGGUGGGAGCGGGAAGCGUGGCGGCCCGUCAGGCGCUGUGCUGCCUUCUCGUACGGAUCUGUGGCGUGCGGCAGGCUGCGGAAGGAGUGGUACUCAGUUAACGUCUGAACACAUCUAGGUGGUGCUUUAAGAAAACUGACAAAUAGCUGCUGGGAUGUUUCUCCGAUUACUGUCAGAUGUCCAGUGGCGAGCAGCUAACGUGAAAUGGAGAAGAAUGACCUGCUCCCGGCGAAGUACCUCAAGUACAGCAGAACCUUACCCGGUUUCCUUGCCAGCACAGGCACAGGUUGUCAUCUGCGGUGGUGGAAUCAUGGGCACCUCCGUGGCAUAUCACCUUUCCAAGAUGGGUUGGAAGGAUAUAGUCUUACUUGAGCAGGGCAGGUUGGCUGCUGGUACCACUCGCUUCUGUGCUGGCAUUGUGAGCACGGCCAGACCUGUGUCCAUAGAGCUGAAGAUGGCAGACUAUUCUAACAAGCUCUACCAGCAGCUGGAACAAGAGACAGGAGUAAAAACAGGGUACGUGAAGACAGGCUCUAUUUCACUGGCUCAGACUCAGGAUCGACUAAUCUCUCUGAAACGCAUUGCUUCAUCACUGAAUGUAAUGGGGAUACCUUGUGAAAUUAUCACCCCAAAGCAAGUGGCACAGCUCCACCCACUGAUCAACAUCCAUGACCUUGUGGGGGCCAUGUAUGUGCCAGAAGAUGCACUUGUGUCAUCUGCCAAUGUGAGUCUGGCUCUGGCAACGGCUGCCUCGCGGAAUGGUGUCCAGAUUCAUGAAAGGACGAGUGUCAGUCAUGUCUCAGUCCAGAAGGGUCGUGUGACUGCAGUCGAGACCGACAGAGGACAGAUUCAAUGCCAGUACUUUGUCAACUGUGCUGGCCAGUGGGCCUAUGAGUUGGGCCACUCUGGGGAGGAACCAGUCAAUAUCCCACUCCAUGCCUGUGAACACUUCUACCUCUUGACACAUCCUUUGAAGGAACCUUUGGCAAGCAAUUUACCAACUAUUGUAGACCCAGAUGGCAGGAUCUAUAUACGCAACUGGCAAGGUGGCAUCCUCUCAGGAGGCUUUGAGAAAAACCCCAAACCCCUCUUCACGGAGGGACGGAACCAGCUGGAGAUUCACAACCUUCAAGAAGACUGGGAUCAUUUUGAACCACUUCUGAGUGCCCUUCUGCGCAGGAUGCCGGAUUUGGAGGCUCUGCAGAUCAUGCAGUUAGUGAACUGCCCAGAGUCCUUCACACCAGAUAUGCGGUGCAUCAUGGGAGAGUCGCCCACCGUGCGGGGUUACUUCGUUCUGGCUGGCAUGAACUCAGCUGGUAUCUCAUAUGGUGGGGGAGCAGGCAAGUACCUGGCAGAGUGGAUGGUAAAUGGGUAUCCAUCAGAAAAUGUCUGGCCUCUGGAUUUGAAACGUUUUGGUGCCCUUCAGAGCAGUCGCACUUUCCUCCGACACCGUGUGAUGGAAGUAAUGCCCCUCAUGUGUGAUCUGAAAGUUCCCCGUUGGGACUUCCAGACUGGCAGGCAGCUGCGUACUUCACCAUUGUAUGACCGUCUGGAUGCACAAGGAGCUAGGUGGAUGGAGAAGCAUGGAUUUGAAAGAGUCAAGUAUUUUGUCCCACCUGGGAAAGAUCUGCUGGAUUUGGAUCAGAGCAAAACCUUUUAUAAACCAGACUGGUUUGAUAUUGUGGGUUCCGAAGUCAAGUGCUGUAAGGAAGCGGUUUGUGUCAUUGACAUGUCAUCUUUUACCAAGUUUGAAAUAAGCUCCACAGGAGAUGAGGCCCUGGAGAGUCUGCAGUAUCUCUUCUCAAAUGACCUGGAUGUGCCAGUUGGGCAUGUUGUGCAUACAGGCAUGCUUAAUGAGAAAGGAGGUUAUGAGAAUGACUGCAGCAUAGCACGGUUGAGCAAACGCAGCUUCUUCAUGAUUUCCCCUACUGACCAACAAGUCCAUUGCUGGGCCUGGCUGAAGAACCGCUUGCCUGAUGACAGCAACCUGACCAUGGAAGACGUGACCUGGAAGUACACGGCUCUCAAUCUGAUCGGCCCCCGUGCUGUGGAUGUCUUGUCAGAGUUGUCAUAUGCCCCAAUAACUCCAGAACAUUUUCCCUCUCUCUUUUGCAAGGAGAUGAGCGUGGGCUAUGCUAAUGGCAUCCGUGUGAUGAGUAUCACUCACACAGGAGAACCUGGAUUCAUGCUUUAUAUCCCCAUAGAGUAUGCCCUUCACGUGUACAACGAGGUAAUGAACAUGGGACAGAAGUAUGGGAUUCGGAACGCUGGUUAUUACGCACUCCGCAGCCUGCGCAUUGAGAAGUUCUUUGCGUUCUGGGGCCAGGAUCUGGAUGCUUUUACCACUCCUAUGGAGUGUGGACGCGAGUUCCAGGUCAAGCUGGAAAAGGGAAUGCAGUUUGUUGGCCAGGAAGCGCUGUUGGAACAGAAGCAGAACGGUGUGUACAAGCGCUUUACCAUGUUCAUUCUUGAGGACCACGACACAGAUAUGGACCUCUGGCCCUGGUGGGGGGAGCCCAUUUUCCGCAAUGGCCGCUACGUGGGCAAGACCACCAGCAGUGCCUACAGCUACACUCUGGAGCGCCAUGUAUGCCUUGGCUUUGUGCAGCACUUUGAUGAGAAGACAGGAGAAGAGCUGGUGGUGACAACUGACUUCAUCAACCAGGGCGAGUAUGAGAUCGACAUUGCUGGGCAGCGCUUCCAGGCCAAAGCCAAGCUCUACCCCUUCAGCUCCCUCUUCACACAUCGUCGCCGCAAGGAUGAGGAGGAACUGAGUGGCUACCAAAGGGAGUAGUGCUGACUAUACCUGACCUGCUCCUUUUCCCAAGCUGGAGUAUUCUCCCACAAUCUUCCAGUCCAUUCUUCUCACAUAUAUUUCUUUCUUUUCCUUUCUUGUCUUGCAACUUUUAAACUUUUUCCAGUGUGUUACAUUUUGUAUAUUUUAAAACUUUAAUUUUCAAGCUUUCCUGAUCCUGUCUUUCUCCCUCCUUCAACCCUUUGCUUGCCAGGCUCCCCCAUGCCCCAGUGGAUGAAGCACAGUGCUGAUCAUGCAUCCAGCAGUCCAUGGGAAGCCUGUUUGGAGUGAACCCCACCAGAGGCCCUAGCCUUAUGGUGCUGGGAAGGGUUCAGGUGAACCCCUGAGGACUAUACCCUUCCUCUCUCCUCUCCAGCGUAAGGCAUGGGACAGCAGGUAUUUGCUGCCUGUAGUUCAGAUGAACGCUGUGACUUCACCCUGCUCUCCGCAUAUCACGUUGUAGAGGGGUCAAUGCAUCGAUGCACACAGCAAUAGAACGAUCAGCUACCUCACUGGCAUGAGACAUAGCGUUGUGUGAGCAGCAGCCAAGAGACGGGUUUUGGUAUAGUCCAGCCUGUCACUGCCCCCCCUCCCCCCUUUUUUUUUUUUUUUCCUAACAGGGAGUCAAGUAGAUUUAAUCAUCAGAUCGUUGAGAUGACAGUAGCGCUGGUAAGUUUUUUGUUAUUGUUGUGAUUGGAUUUUUUUUGUGUGGGGUCACUGAAACUAAAUGGCCUUCUAUAAAUAUAAUUGAAGAUCGACAUGUGUGUUUCACUUCUAUAAAGGAAUGGGAUUUGUUUCGGUUUUUUGUUAGCAAACAUACUGAUUUCUAGCAAGGACAGAUGUUAGUGUUUAAUGUUAUUAGCUGUGUUGAAAUGCUGCUUCUGUUCCAGCUGCACAGUGUACAAUCUCGUUGGGGAUUUUCUUUCACUUUCCUUUUUUUAUGUGACUUGGUCAACCUCAUCUGGCAAGGUUCAUGUAAAACUUGUGUUGGUUUGGGGUACUUGAGCAGCAGGAGGGGACAACAUCUUGUCCUUUUGGCUGCCUGCGGUUAUUUUGAAGUUGGGAGGAAAAGACCCAGCAUUUGUCUCAUCUGUGGUGCUGGGUUUUCUUCUGGUGGUGAGAAAGCAUCUCAGCAGCUCCUGCUGGACUUGAGAAGUUGUCUUCUGUUUUUCUCCUCAAAUCUGUUGUACUUCCUACUUCUCUAUCUUGGUAGGCCCUCAGCUGAGGGGAUUGAAUAGAGGGAGUGAAGGGAGUGUGGCAGUGGGAUUAUAAAUUCCUUUCCUUCAGCAAAGCUCUUUGCAUCAUGCUCCUCAUACAGAUGCUUCAGCCAGCGCAGCUGGGAUUCACCUCUUCUUCAAGUGUCAAAAUGCGCCGAUUCAAACACUGAUGGUAAAUGGUAAAGAAGUGAGGGGAUGCUGAAUUGUAUUGCACACAUUUACAUCUUCUUUUUCUUCUUCGCAUUGUGAGCACAAUCAAAAGCAAAGAUUCUCUUUAUUUACUUGAAGACCUGUUACACGUUUUCCCUGCCUCUGCCACCCGCAUACUCCUCAUGGUCUUUCUGCUCCAGCAUCUUUCUGUCUGGACUUCAAACACAACCUUGCACUGAUGUCUGCCCUGUCAGCCACGAUGAACACUUUCUUUACGAUCUGGAACUGUUUUGAGGCACUUUCUUUUCCAGUUCAAUGGCAAGCAUCAGUAGUGUAAAUAUGAGCUCAAAACCUUGCCUGGUUCUUCUUUUAAGUUUGCUUUCUGCUGUUUUAGUUGCUUCGGGUCAUGCUUUCGGUUGAGUCUUUGGUCUGCCAGUUCAUGAUCCAGGUGUUCUCAGCAUGCAAAAGAAGUCAAAUAUCCCUAAGGCAGGAAAGGUGAAAGUCUAAGACCUUUACACCUUAAAACAGGUUGUCAGAGCAAGGUACCCCAUUCAGGGUGAUACGGAAACUGUGAAACCUUGGAGUGGAGAGUUGGGAAGGGGUGUAAGAGAAUUAAGGAUUUGAGCAUGGGACUAUAGUAGGUUGAACGCAGAUGUCACUUGGAGCAUGCUCUCCUUUGUGAAUGGUGAAUUCCUUUUUAGUGUGUGACCUCUUCAAGGAUUUUGAACUUAACAACUUUUGAACUUGAACAUGCAAAAAUUCCCCAGUCUGAAAUGUAGUGACCACAGUAGGGCAGCUUUUUGGCAUCUCACAGCUGAGAUUACCCUGCAUGGCUGUUGAAGGUGGAGAUUGUAAUUUAUUCCAACUUCCCCUAUUAUUGCUCUCCAGAUUAAAAUUUUGCCUGGUAUAUCAGGUUUAGUUGCUUAAAUGAAAGGUUCAUAAAGCAUCUGAUAGCAGUUGAAAAUCCAGUCGCUUCUUGCAUGUCUUUUCCGCAUAGAGGGAUACUGCAAUUCCACUAUUCCUGUGCUGGUUGUGUGUACCAAGGAGGACCUCUGCUUUACCAGCCUGUCACCUGGGAACAGUGCACCAGGUCACUCAAAAAAUAUGUGUCCAUCCUCUUGUCCCUCCAUUGGUUUUAUGGGAUGUUGCUGUGCCUUGCUUAUCUGGGGAAACAAGCAUUCAACCAAACAGAGUUUUAUACGUGAUACUUAGGGUGUGUCUUAGAGCAGCCCUUCUGAUUAGAGUUUAUUGACCAUUUGUGGUUGCUGUUGAGGCGUGAUACUUCUUCGGGAGAAAACAAAGCACGCAGCUGAGGCAAGCUGUAGUACUUAAUGCAACUCCUUGAAGAGAGAUCUAAGCUCAAACCAUUCAGUUUGUUCUCUGCGGAGUUAGAAUAGUUAAGACCAAAUGGGAAAGUUAGCAGCAUGCUGUCCUCUACCAACCACUCGUUCCUGAAGUGUUACAGGCAGAUUAUAUUCCUCCUUGUGAUUAUUUUUUCUUUUCCCUAAUUUGUAGGUGCCUGUUAGUUCCUCAGACAACUUUUGAUACAGGUGUCUCUUCCCACAGCAGUUCUGACAAAAUUGUGUUUUAUGAGCUACUUUUGUCAUUAUAUCUGCUUAGGUUUAUUUUAUGUCUAGAUCUAUUGACUUUUCAAUAGCAAAAAUAGAGAGUGAAAAUAAUUUUCUAUCGUGCUGAUAGAUACAGCAACACUUUCUGUAAUGUUAUAUUUGCUGUUUGAGACUUAGAGAUAGGUGGUUUGAUAAUUGUCAGUCUUGCAGCUCAUUAACGCCUACUCUGGCUUUCCCUGCUAUGAAUUCUGAUUCUUGUUUUUUAUCAGAACCUGUAGUCUUUGGCUGCUGUUCACGCUUAGUUGAUUUAAUUUCUGGCAGCUAUUUUUUAACCUUAUAAUGUUAAAGAAUAGUUUGCCUUCACCAACUUGAAUACCUGUCAAGGGGACAAUUGGGUAGCAUGUUUUAAAGUAGUGCUAGACACUGAGACUGAGAAAGGUCCUACUAGUGUAGUGUUUUCUUCCAGAGGUAUUAAACGGUGAUGUAAGACUCUAAUCCCUUUAUCUGAUGACUAAAAGUAGAGUGCCUAAAAAAAGAACAAAAAAAUCAGUUACCACCUUUAGUACACCUUCAAAUUAGAAAAUUAGAAAUUGGAUCUUGGAAGCUGCUAGUCUUCCAAGCCAAGACACAGUCUUAGCAUCUAAGAUGCUGAAUAACAUGGACUGUAAAAUUAUGCAUCAUGAUUCUCAUCCUUAAAACUGCCUCAAAAUGCUUUCUGCUGAGAAAGGUGGUUUGUUCUCAUUCUGCAUGGUAAGACUAUGAACCUUGGAUGGGAAAUACUAAAAUAGCAUCCCCCUCCUCUGCACUGAAAAGGAUAGUGGCCUCGUUCCGUGCUGAAGCAGCAGCAGCAGGUCUGCCCUGUGCACCUCGUAUGUAGCAGUCACAGGGUUGUUACCAGUUCUCUGAGUCUUGCUGUCCAGAAUGGGAACAGUCCUGUAGAUUUUGCUGAUACAGGCAUCUUUGCAGGGGAAGCUAAGUGGAGUUUAGUAUGAGAAAAUAAUUUAUCUUUUUGGCUAAAAUACUUUAGGUUGAGCAUAACCCAUUUUAGGAUAAACUUAUUACCCAUCAGUGACAAAUUUUAGGGAAAGCAUGGCCUGUGGGUAGCAUACACUUGGCACAUGUAGGCUUGUUUUUUCUUACCCCGGAAGGCAACAUCUGAGUGGGUUUGCUGGCGUGGUGGUGGUGAAUCCAUCUACAUGUACAGCAUCCCUGUAACGCUGGGAAGGGCUUGCUUGCCCAGGUGUUGUCUAUAGAGUAGUGUGGGGAACUUGUGUGAGAGGUAGCACUUACUGGGCAGCCUCUUCAAUUAAAUGAUUUCUCCAGAGGUAUUACGUUGUCUUACCCUUGUUGCGUCCUUUCCCGAGUUCUCAUGUUUUGUUAGUCCUUGAGUGAGUACUGAAAGGCUUGAGUAAAAAUGGAAUUAGAGAAGAGGGCGUUUAUUAGUCUACUUAGGGAUGAUGAUUUCUGUUUCAGGAAGAUGCUACGCUGAUUUUUCCCAUCUAUUUUUGCCAGACUUAGUUUCUUCUUGUCUUCUCUGUGCUGGCUCCAGUAUCCAGGUUUGAUCUGCCUUGUUGGACAGUUUCUUCUUAUUAUUUUGUGGCAAGGAGAGGAGGCUAUGUGAAACUUCCACUGCAUCUCCAAGUCUUGGUGUAAGCUUGGAUUCUUCCUUUCUACUGUCGCCUUCAAGCUGCUACCGAUGAUGUUGCUGUUCCUGCAACACCUCCGAACUCCAGCCUGUGCUGCUGUAGGACUUCUCGUGCGCAAGGUUCUUCUCUUCAUUCUGCCUGAUGCUUCAUCAUCUGAGCCAGGUUGGUUCUAGAUCUGUCUCUCUGCCUCAAUAUAAGCUCUUCAGCUUUUAGACUGUGCAGAUACCAACAUCCAAACUCCCAGGGGGGGUUGUGGCCGCUGUGUGUUCCAUCAUUUAACCCUCCUUCUCCCUGUGCCAGGGUUUUCCCACUUUUCUUAACACUUCUCUGAUCUCCUUGCUCAGGCAGUGGAGCACAUUAGUUCCUUUUGCCUAUCAAGAGCGAGGCAUGGUGAAAUAAAAACAGGCAAGGGGAUGGCAGAGUGGCUGAGCUGAGGUGGAAGGAGAGGCGUGAUUGCGGUUUGAUCCUUUGCCCAUUACUUAACCACUUAAGCCCAGGCUUGGAGAGAUGAUCAGCCCUGAUUCCCAGCUCAGGGAGCAUUUUCCUCUGCAGCCUUAGUGCCGGACAAGCGCUGAGUGAUAGCAAUGGCUCUGGGCAGAAUCGGGACAGCGUUAUUGAGAAAGCGAGAGCGGCGGUGACACUUGUUUUCCAACAUACAUUUCCCUCUCACAUUUUUUGUUGCGACGAAGGAAAUGGUGCCACACGGGGGAGGUGGGGAACGUGCACACUCAAUUGCUCGAAACUCUUGUCUGUCUCUGGCACAUUCUUGCAACUGUAAAGGUACAGCACAGACAUCACUAACCUUGUCCUUCCAGCACACUUUAACCAAAAUGAUUACGUUUUGGGAAGAAAUCUAUAUAAACAGGGUAGUUUCCAUGUUUGC